CCCUCCUUCAAAAAAAAAAAAAGAAAAGAAAGAAAAAAAGAGCAGCCCGCAGCCGAGCCCCCGCAGCCAUGGACGAGCCGGGGGACAACGCGGAGCCGCCGCCCGGGCUGCGCUCGCUGCUGCCUCCUCGGGAAUUCCUGUGCUCCCGUAAGGGGCAGCUGCUGCUCGCCGAGGCGGUGCUGUCAUUUAUCAUCUUUAUCUGCUAUAUUGCAUCUUCAGCUUCCGCAUUCAUGACGGCACCACUCCUAGAAUUUCUGCUGGCACUGUUUCUUCUUUUUGCCUAUGCCUCUAAACUUAAUGAGAAGUUUAAAGGACUCUACUGGCCUUUGACAGAUUUCCUGCGCUGUGUCACUGCUGCUGUUAUUUACUUUGCCAUUUCAAUUGCUGCUGUCUCAAAAUACAGUGAUGGAGCAUCCAAAGCAGCAGGAGUGUUUGGAUUUAUAGCCACAAUAGUGUACGCUAUCGAUUUCUACAUAACAUUCAAUGACCUGGUUACUUUUCUCAAGCAAGGCAGUUCUGAGGCCCAUGAAAGGCGCAAGUCAGAAGAUGAGGACUCCGAUUCUGACUCAGACUGAAAAAACAAACACCAGCCGAGUGUGAAGGGAAGAUAAUCGAGCACUUUCCUCUCUGCUGAAUGCACUGCCAAUUGAAACAUCUCUUUUACUUCAGCCUCAAUAUCCUCUUUCAACUUCACUGUUUACGGAGUCACCAAAGCAUAGGGCAGUGAUGUGACAAAGGGAGCCAUUCCCAAUACCAUUAAACUCUUCCAGAAAUAAGGAUUUACAAUGCAGAACUAAGGCUUCUACCUGCUAGAGGUCUGCAUCCAAACCACCCUUUGUCGUUCAGCACACAAUGUGCUGAGUGAAUGGGAACACAGUAUUUUAAACUUAUAGCAGAGCUUUUAACAUGCUUUCUUAAUUCCAAGUCUUUAACACUUAUAGCUUUAAUACUUCUUGCUGUGCCAAAGAAAAGAGGCCCAGAAUGCCUCUAUUUCACUUAUAUUUUUCUCAAUUAAAUAACAACAUUCAUCUCAAGUCUGAGCAUUCCACUAUCUCAACCACAUCAAGGCAUCGAUUAUAGUUGGUUUCAGUACGUCAGUAUCUACUGCCUAGAUGCUGAUAACAAGUAACAACUGGAAAUGAGCAGCAAACAUAAAUCUCAGAAGUGUAAUGGUGCCUCGUCAGACAUUAUCACUUUUUAAGCUGCCUGGAUGGGCUCACGUUCUCAUCUUCUGCAGUUUCACCACAGAUACGUGGUAGAACAGAAGAGGAAUCUUACCAGCCCCUUCCUACCAUUGUUGUGGAAGCCCUUCUAUGUGUGCAUUUGCACAUACAGGUAAGGAAGGCUUGCCAAGUACCACCCAGCCACACUAUGUGCCUAUCAGAGCUUGCACAUGUUUGCAUGCAAGGCGUCACUGUCUGAUCUCAUGCUCUAUCUUGCCAACAUUGGUCCUCCAAUGCGAAUUAGCGCUGUAUUUGCUCUGCUGGGUCCGCAAAGCAGAUGAUUGUAUUUGAAAAACUCAGGAUACCUGGACCUCCAGAGGACAAUCUCCUUCCCACUGUGAAGAAGUAACUCUAACAGCAUGGCAUGCUUCUCAUAUAUGGCAUCAGGUAUGUUUCAAAGAAACCUGUAUGCAUCAAAAUAAUAUCGCAGAACAUUUUGCUUAAAAAAUAAAUAAAUAAAAUGAGAGCAGAUGGUACUAACAAUAAAUGAAAACCGAGCUAAAAUAGCAAAAGCAGAUUUCAUCUGGAACAGAACGAUUGCUUGGGUUCCAAUUCCCUGCUGGCAGCUGGCUGCUAACAGGCGAAAACACGGUACCUGACGGUGUCUGGUGCUUGGGAAGGUGCUGGCCAGAUCUGGAGAUGUCUACCAGGCAGCUUCUACAACUCCUGUUCUCAGACCACUGAAGGAAUAAAAGCAGACCAGACGUUUGCUUCCAAAUGUGAUAAUCUUUGCUUUUCUGAAAAGGGCUCAUUGGACCUUCUCUUGUUUGUAAUCCUCCAUUCCUUUCCUCUCUGUUGUCAUGUUUUACUGACACUCACUGUGACAUCACAGGAUUUGAGCUUUUUAUAUUCAAUUGAUUUGUAUUUUUUUUUUUUAUUUCUAAGUGUACUGCAUGCCACAGCCAGAAGCUUAUACAUGGUUAAUAUUUAGAAACCAUGCUGGAUUAAAUCUCUUUUAAUAGAAA